CUGCAUUGCAGGGCCCCAGUCCUCCCUUCCCCCACUCCCGGAAGCGGCUGGGCUAUGUCUGUCAGCGCGCUGUGAGCUACAGAGUGCGACUCCGCUCACUGUCACUACUCGACUCAGUACCGUCAGCUGAAGCUGUCAUGGCCUCCGUACGUCAAGGAGACUCCCUGUCGCCAGACUUCUCCACAGUACUACAGAAAGUCGAGAAUAACGACAUCCCUGGGAAGAAUGCAGUAGACUCGAGGGGCGACAAUGGACUGCAGAUGAAGAUACACGCUGGGUCCGAUGACACACAACAGCUGACCACGCCCCCUCCUGUUGCAUCAGCUGAGGCUGGAGAUGAAAAUGUGGAGACCCGGGUAUUCAAGAGGCGCUGGCUGAUGCUGGGACUCUUCUGCCUCUACUCCUUCAGCAACUCCUUCCAAUGGAUCCACCUCAACAUCAUCGCCAACGUCAUCCUGCGCUACUACAACACCAGCCUCCCAGGAGACACGCUGCAGCAAGAGACGGCCGUGGACUGGUUGUCUAUGGUCUACAUGCUGGCGUAUGUACCGCUCGUCUUCCCUGCCACGUGGCUGAUGGACAGUAAGGGGCUGAGGGUGUGUAACGUCGUGGGGUCGUUCCUCAACGCUGUGGGAGCGUGGGUCAAAUGUGCCAGCGUCAGCCCUGACCGCUUUGGCGUCCUCAUGUUUGCUCAGACUAUCUGCUCAGUUGCUCAGAUAUGGGUUCUGGGUAUGCCAGCGCCCCUAGCGGCGGCCUGGUUUGGCCCGAAUGAAGUUUCGACAGCGACAUCUUUAGGCGUCUUUGGAAAUCAGGUAGGUGCAGCAGUUGGGUUCCUCCUCCCCCCAGUCCUCGUGCCCAACUCCCCCGACCUGGACCAGGUGGGCUGGGACAUCAGCAUCAUGAUGUACGUGACAGCAGGCGUGACGACGGCCAUCUUUAUUGCAAUACUCAUAGGGUACAGAGACAAACCACCCGUCCCCCCGAGUCGGGCACAGCUAGUUGCUAUCCAGACGACGGAGGGGCAGAAUUAUCUUUCAUCACUCGGGCGGCUCAUUAAGACUCUCCCUUUCGUCGUCCUCGUCAUAUCCUAUGGAGUGAACGUCGGCUGCUAUUACGCCAUUGCUACUCUGCUGAAUGCUGUCGUGCUGGAAUACUUCCCCGGAGAAGAGGUGAACGCAGGGAGGAUUGGCCUCACAAUUGUUAUAACAGGGAUAAUUGGGGCCGUCUUGGCCGGGAUUUGGCUGGAUAAAACAAGAACAUUCAAGGGCACAUCACUGGGUAUUUACUUCAUGUCCAUGGCGUGUAUGGUGGUGUUCACCUUCACCAUGGAUACAGGGCACAUCUGGGUGGUGUUCAUCACGGCUGGGUCCUUUGGAUUCUUCAUGACUGGCUACCUACCUGUCGGCUUCGAGUUUGCAGCUGAGCUCACGUUUCCCGAACCAGAAGGAACAUCCUCCGGACUUCUAAACGCGUCAGCACAGAUUUUUGGAAUAAUCUUCACCCUGGGCAUGCGAGCCAUGAUGAACAGACUGAGUGUCCUUGGUGCCAACAUUGCCGUCUGUGUUGCGCUUCUGCUAGGGACAGUGCUUACAGCCUUGAUUCGAGCCAACUACAAACGCCAGGCGGCUGGAGGAGAAGAAAAGGGCAACCGGCUACGGGAGUUGUUUGGCUGGUGCUGCUGCUUCAGACACAAAUUAGACAUCUCAAACAAACAAUGAUAACAAUCAGCCUCGAUCUGACAAUCUCCUUCACUGUAACCAAGAACAACCUUCACUGUAACCAAGGGCAGUUUUCAUAAAACAAACGUCCUUCAUUAAAGUCAAAUUAGGCAAAACAUUACCCAUGUUCUGAAAAGGUCACUGAUCUGAACAGAAGGUCAUCUGUUCCAUGAACUGAAACAACAGUAGUUAACACGGUUGUAGGAAGUGAUAACAAGGCUUCAAGAUUCACCGGGACGGAUGACGUUCAUCCAGGAAAGUGAGGGUAUCGCUCCUAUAGCCUACAUGCAAUGAGAACAUGAGACAUUACCUUAUUGACACGAAUUGUCGUGCCCGUAGCCCUUUUCUCUAAUGUUUUUGUUGGAAGUAAAACUUCUUGUGAAUGAUCUUGUAUCUUGCUGAAUUUUAGUCCGAUUUAAACAAAGCCUGUAACGUCUUACUUCCUUCUCAGAGGAACUUCGGAUCCUGAUGGUUGUAUUGUGAUGUAUAUAUGGUUCAUAUUUUGUGUAUAUAUUUCUAUAUACAAACAGAUCUUCUUCAAAGAAUAUAUUUAUUUUUCAACCUGUCAAGGGAAUGUUUUCUGAAUUUAAAUAUUACUUAUAUUAUUGUAGUAUUGUCAUUAGCGAUCUGAUUUCGCAUAUCAAGCCUUCCUAAUUACUCGAUGGUGUUAAAUAUGUGGUAUCUAUUGUUUCUAAGUUCAUUUAUACACUUAUAUACUUUGAGAACUAUAUACAGUACAUGUAUUUGUUAAAAAUAUUUUUUUCUGGCUUUUCAUUCAUAUUGAAAAUUAAAUGUUUUUGACACUACCACUGACUACUUUCUGUAGAACUAUUUAAAACGAAUUGGUAUGCUUACAUACGCCUAGUACGUGUUAAUAUCUUUUUUGAAAAGUUUUUUUUUAUAAUCAAAUUUUGUCUAAAACGCCCCUGUUGACAGGUAAAUUGUUUAAUCAAUAGCUAAAGAUUCCCUAUGUACCACUUUUACAUGGGGUUGGCCCAGUUGUUAAAGCGGUCGCCCGCCACGUCGAAUACCCCGAUUCCAUUCGCCCUAUUGGUACAACAAUUCCAGUCGUUCUCAGCCGAGAUAUUACUUGAAUAUCGCUACAAAUGUGGCCAAAGUCGCUCAGGUUCCAUAAUACCUUUGAGCUGGAUGGAGUUACAUAGCCUGAUCAUGAAUAUGUCCAGAGGAUAUGUUUAGUAGUGUGUGCGUGUGUGUGUGUGUGUGUGUGUGUGAGAGAGAGGGAGUGAGAGAGAGAGAGAGAAAAGUAUUUAAGAGUUCACAGGUAAACAGUUAGAUACGUUUAAAUAGAUUGGUAGAAAAAUACAAUUUCCCGCCUACAUUUAGUUAAGAAAUUAAAAGGAAAUUAAUUAAAUAUGUAGGAGUGAAACAGUUUUUUUUUCAAUCUAUUUAACACACACACACACACACACACAAAAGACAAAAGUCUGAAGAUCCUUAGUACAGAUAUAAUUUCUUCAAUUCUUAUAUAUAAAUAUACAUACAUACAUACAUUCAUACAUUCACAUACACACACACACACACACACACACACACACACACCUGUUCGUGUCUUCCUUCUACCUGAACGUGUGAACGUGUAAUCGUCCACCUGAAAUGUGUUCAUUGUUGGCAGUACAAGUCUCUCUGAACGCUGUACACGCCUAGGUAUGCAAAGAUCGUUGUUGUUCCUUUAUUUGGUCGGAAUAAACUGUAUUUUUGAAUUUUUGCAACAAUAAAGUCCCUUUGGAAAAAAUA